AAACUUCUCAAAGGUCGCACUCAAAUCGCGUUCUCUGAGGCGAUUGUGUUGUAAUUGCGGCACGAUUUUAUUUCGUAAGCGUUUGCAAACUUGUACAAGCCCUCCUCCUCCCACCGCCACCGGGCCGAAGGCCGCAGUACGCGGACCAUAUAUCUAUAGCCGGAGCUUCCGUUCGUAGUGUAUAAUUUAUCGCCGUUUUUCUUCUCUGAUUAAUUUGAUUUCAGAGAAGGGCCAGAAAAAAAGAGAGAAGGGAAUUUGAAACGCUGAAAAGAGGAGAGAAAGAAGAAAAGCUCGUAGGUUGAUUAACAAUGCCGAAGGCGGAAAAAGGUGGGCUUGGUAGGGCUCUGGUGAAGCACCAUAAUCAGAUGGUACAGCAGUCGAAAGAGAAAGGGAAGUAUUACAGGAGCCAGCAAAAGAAAGUUUUGGAAUCGGUGACGGAGGUCAGCGACAUCGACGCCGUUAUCGAGCAGGCUGAUGAGGCGAACCGCCUAUUCUCCGCUCUCAAUCCCCCCGGAAGACUCCCCAUCAAUUUGGACACUGCUUCCAGUACUAGUGAGAUGACACCUGAGGAAAGGAGGGAGCAACAGAAGAAAGAGGAGGCCUUGCACGCUAGCAGUCUUCGGAUUCCUCGCAGGCCGCCAUGGGAUGCUAAAAUGUCCAUAGAAGAGCUUGAUGACAACGAAAGACGAGCUUUUCUUGAGUGGCGCCGCAGCCUUGCAAGGCUUGAGGAGAAUGAGAAGCUAGUUCUCACUCCAUUUGAGAAGAACCUAGACAUCUGGCGACAACUUUGGAGGGUGCUUGAACGUAGUGAUUUGCUUGUCAUGGUUGUUGAUGCACGGGAUCCGCUCUUCUACCGCUGCCCGGAUCUUGAGGCAUAUGCGCGAGAAAUUGACGAGCACAAAAGGACAUUGCUUCUUGUUAACAAGGCAGAUCUUCUACCAUACCCUGUGAGAGAGAAAUGGGCAAAAUUCUUCCACCAACAAGGGAUUCUCUUUGUUUUCUGGUCAGCUAAGGCUGCUACUGCCGUGUUGGAGGGGAAAAAGCUUAGUCUGUCCCUGGGCAUUCAAAAUCGUCAGCAAGAGUCAGCUGAUGCUUACACUAAAAUAUAUGGCCGGGAUGAGCUACUUGCGCGCCUGCAGUCUGAAGCUGAGGAGAUAGUUUCAAUGAGAAGUCGAUCUAAAUCUGAUAAGACAGGCUUGUCUCACAUUUAUUCUGAUAAUGAAAGUGUCACUGGAUAUGUGCCAGCUCAAAGUGUAGUUGUUGGAUUUGUCGGGUAUCCUAAUGUAGGAAAGAGUUCUACGAUCAAUGCUUUGGUUGGAGAAAAGAGGACCGGUGUAACUUCAACUCCUGGGAAGACGAAACAUUUCCAAACACUGAUAAUAUCUGAGAAACUUACUCUCUGUGAUUGCCCUGGACUGGUUUUCCCAUCCUUUUCCAGUUCAAGGUACGAGAUGAUCGCAUCUGGGGUUUUGCCUAUAGAUCGCAUGACAGAGCACCGUGAGGCUGUACAGGUCGUUGCAAAUCGAGUACCCAGGUCUGUUAUUGAGGAUGUCUACAGAAUCUCAUUGCCAAAACCCAAGCCUUACGAGCCACAAUCCCGCCCACCUUCAGCAGUCGAGUUUUUAAGAACAUACUGUGCUUCGCGUGGAUACGUUGCCUCUGGUGGACUACCAGAUGAAACUAGGGCUGCUCGCCAAAUUUUGAAGGAUUACAUAGACGGGAAGCUUCCACACUAUCAGAUGCCUCCAGGAACAUCAGACAACAAAGAUGAUGCCGAGGAUGGUGCUGGACUCAGCUCAUCCGAGAUCCAUGAAUCAGACUCGUCCGACAGUGAAGCCCCUUCCGUUGCUGAAAUUGAACUUCCAUCUAGGGAACACGUACUGAAUGAUCUAAAUGCUUUUGACAUCGACAAUGGAUUAGCUUCUACUAAGACUACCAUUAAGAAGAAGCCCUCCAGCGCACCGCAUAAGCAGCACAAGAAGCCUCAGAGAAAGAAGGACCGAUCGUGGAGGGUAGGAGGCAAUAAUGGUGAUGGAAUGCCAGUAGUUAGAGUCUUCCAAAAGCCCGUAAAUUCAGGCCCUUUGGAUGCUUAAUAGUGUUAUGUUCUUGUAAGAUAGCUUUUCUGCAAGAAAGCUGCUGUUUGCUGAUUAUCUGGGGUACAUUCUGUUGCCUCCUACUUAUCUGGUACUUUUAUGUGCUUUAUAUAAUCUCUGUGUGAGCUUAUUUUUUGCACUGGCAUUGCGUGUCAGCAUUAUAUAUUUUCUAUGAAUUACGGUUUCAAAGCAAA